GUAGGGGGCUGGUAGGGGGAAGCGGGGCGUUAAAACCGUCCCCUCCCUAGACCCCACUUCAGAGGGUGCGAUAGAGGGGAGGUUGGGGUUGGAGCAGCGGCGAGGGGGCCCCUCCCUUGCACCCCCCCCCACCGGACUUGGUCGCGCCCGAAGUGUAACACUUUCUCUUUGUCGGAGGAUCUGUGCUGUUUUCUGUGCUGGAGCUACAGUUGUGGCGACGCCCGUGGCAGCCCUGGCGGACGCAGGAGCGAUGGCAGCGACCGAUAUAGCUCGCCAGGUGGGUGAAGGUUGCCGAACUGUCCCCCUGGCUGGACAUGUGGGGUUUGACAGCUUGCCUGACCAGCUGGUGAAUAAGUCAGUCAGCCAGGGCUUCUGCUUCAACAUCCUGUGUGUGGGAGAGACAGGUUUGGGCAAGUCCACCCUCAUGGACACCCUGUUCAACACCAAAUUCGAGGGGGAGCCAGCCACCCACACACAGCCAGGUGUCCAGCUUCGGUCCAGUACCUAUGACCUCCAAGAGAGCAACGUGGGUCUAAAACUCACAAUUGUUAGCACAGUGGGGUUUGGGGACCAGAUCAACAAGGAGGACAGCUACAAGCCCAUCGUGGAAUUCAUCGAUGCCCAAUUUGAGGCUUACCUGCAGGAGGAGCUGAAGAUCCGCAGGAUACUGCACACCUACCACGACUCCCGCAUCCAUGCCUGCUUGUACUUCAUCGCCCCCACGGGUCAUUCCCUGAAGUCUCUGGACUUAGUGACUAUGAAGAAGCUGGACAGUAAGGUGAACAUCAUCCCCAUCAUUGCCAAAUCAGAUGCAGUUUCUAAGAGUGAGCUAACAAAGUUCAAGAUCAAAAUCACCAGCGAGCUUGUCAGCAAUGGGGUCCAGAUCUACCAGUUCCCUACAGAUGAUGAGUCAGUGGCAGAGAUCAACGGAACCAUGAAUGCCCACCUGCCUUUUGCUGUCAUUGGCAGCACAGAAGAACUGAAGAUAGGAAACAAGAUGAUGAAGGCCCGGCAGUACCCUUGGGGCACAGUGCAGGUUGAAAACGAGGCCCACUGCGACUUUGUGAAGCUGCGGGAGAUGCUGAUUCGGGUCAACAUGGAGGACCUCCGGGAGCAAACCCACAGCCGGCACUAUGAGCUCUACCGCCGCUGUAAGCUGGAGGAGAUGGGCUUCAAGGACACCGACCCCGACAGCAAACCCUUCAGUUUGCAGGAGACGUAUGAGGCCAAAAGGAAUGAGUUCCUAGGAGAGCUCCAGAAAAAAGAAGAGGAGAUGAGACAGAUGUUUGUCCAGAGAGUCAAAGAGAAAGAAGCUGAACUCAAAGAGGCAGAGAAAGAGCUGCACGAGAAGUUUGACCGUUUGAAGAAACUACACCAGGAUGAGAAGAAGAAGCUGGAGGAUAAGAAGAAAUCCCUGGAUGAUGAAGUGAAUGCUUUCAAACAGAGAAAGACGGCAGCUGAGCUGCUCCAGUCCCAGGGCCCCCAGGCUGGAGGCUCACAGACUCUGAAAAGGGACAAAGAAAAGAAAAAUUAACUCUGCUGUUUGCUGCAUGCUGCAUGAGACCCAGGGUCCCGGUAAGCCUUAUUAACUCUAAAUAGAACUGGCAGUGGCUUCUAGAACAUGUCUCCCCAAAACCUGCCCCCCCAACACACUUAUCUAAUCAUAAAGGAAGUUGCUUAAUUGUCCUAGCUGGUUUCCUCUUGUGACUUAGAAUAUGAAGAAACAGUCUGGUGUGGUUUCAAGUAUAUAUGUGGAAUGUUUGCCUGCCUGAUUAAAAGUGGGGUAUUUUCUGCCUCUAGAACAGCUGGCUAGCAUAGGUAGAUCAACAUUUGAGGUUUCAGUUUUGGCCAUUUUUUUCUUAAAGAGCCUUAAUCAUUACUUGCAUAAUUAACUAGACUAUAGUGAGGAGGGAAACUGUUGGGUUCAGGAGAUCUGUCUUGCAGUGUCACAGUGGCAUUAACCUCAGUUUUGGGAAUGUUCCCAGCCAACUGAACUUGCUUCUCUGUCUGCCUCUGGUGGCUAUCCAAGGGGUUCAAGUUCUCAAAUUUCUUUUGGCUAUGUAACCCCUCAAGAUGAUAAUAAAAGUGGAAGAAAAUGAAGAGCUCUCAAAUAUUAUAGAGAAUUCCUUAAAUUUAAUUCUACAAGUACCAGCUUUAUGAACACCUGCCUUUGCUGAGAUGGAUUCCUGAGGGCUAGGUGUUGUAUCUACAGAAGUGAGUACAGCAGUCCCUGGCAUCACGUAAUUUAUAGGUUGGUUAUAGCAAUGAUUAAACACCUUCUAUCUGUUCUACUGUACUCAGGUAGUAGGUAGGAGGGAACAUAAAUAUAUUUAAUUUAACACAAUUAGACUUUUUACUGGUUUUUGAACUUUACCAUAGAAACUUUCAAACCAAACAAAAGAAGAGAGAGGAUAGCUCAUUGCAGCCCCAGGUACCCACAACCCAGCCCCCAAACAUAGAGCCAAUUCUGUCUCAUCUAUUACCCCAAACCUACUGGAUUUUUAUAAAGCAAAUCCCAUAUCAUUUCAUCUAUAAAUAUACUAUUAACAUGUAUCUCUAAGAGAUAAUGACUCCUUAAAAAAAAAAAACCAAAACAACACAACCACAAUGCCACCAUUAUCACACUUACAAAAUUAACAAUUUAUUAGCAUAAAAUUCCUAGUCAGUGUUCAGAAUACACCAAUUGUCUCAUAAAUGCCUUUACAUUUGGUUUGUUUGGAUCAGGGAAUAUAAAAUAUUGAGAAGACUUCUCCCCACUCACCAGUGUAGUUUAUAAUUUAAAAGGAGAGCCUGCUGUUAUCACCAAACUGAUUGCUACAUCUGCUGCACUGGGGACUUGGAGCAGCUGGUAAAACAUCGUAUUUUCAAGCAAAUCCCAACGAGGAAGUCCAUAGAGGCUUCUGACACAUAAGGCCAAUGAAAUUGGGCCAAAGGAAAGAACCCUAAAAUAACAAUGAAAAGAUUUAUUGUCUAGCUUAAAGGCAAGUCUUUAGAGCUCCUGUUAGUUGACUGGAAUUAAACAGCAGAUUUUCAUUUAGGAAGAUUGUGACUUCAUAGAGUGUCCAGUGCUGUGGUACCAGUGCCUAGCAAAGUGUCUGACACCUGUAGAAGCUCAGUUCACAUGUAUCUUCUUUGUUUCCCAUUUCCAAUGAGGAGAGCAGGGAAGAUGUAUCCCGGUAAGUUAGAUUUUAGUUAAUGAAAUUGAAUUAACAUGGUUUGACACAGUUUGGUUCAGGUUUCCUUGAGUAAAUCACUGAUAGUGGCCAUCACUAAAAUGAAUUCUGGCAAAACUAUACUUAGAGCCUUACUUUAUAAGUGAGAGACAAUUGGCAAACAGCUGGGACAGCCAACCCCAACCCAAGUAGGUUGGCUUUUCCUGGCAGGCUUCUCCCCACCAGACCACAAAAGAAGUUCCAAACCAAAUAGGGGGGAAAAGGCCUUGGCUCUCUGGGAUCCGAAAGCAGCAAAGGCAGUCUGUCCCCUCCCUAAAGCCCUCAUUCCUAGGGGUAGAUCACAAAGGCCACCUCUCAUUAAUCAGAGCAAAGCCUACUGUUCUUCACUGAUUUUGAAAUUGCUUGAGACACUACUUGUAGCUGUCUG